UGCGCGAUGUUUCUGCCUUCCCCGUCGUUUUUUUUUCUCACCGCGCCUCUCCGCUUACCCGCUGCGAUACCCACCCCACGCCCUCUCCAUCCCCGUCGCUCCUCCCUUCCCCAUCCGUACCAUCCGCUAAUCCGCAUCGUGCUGCCCUUCCCAUGCUCUCUCCUCCUCCGCCCGACCGCCCCCAUGCGCUUUGCCUCCGCAGGGAGUAGGUUCUCCUUCGGGGAUGGCAGUGCCGCGACUGGGGACAUGCACGCUGAGCAAGGGAGCGUGGAGAUGGAGGCGGAUCGGGGAUGGGAUCGUGCAGAUGGACGCGUGCAUCGCGCGGAGAUGGCGUCAGCCGGGGGCGUUAGCGACGGCGACGGCCUUCUCUCCGCACUUGAAGCCUCCUCAGCUACGAAUCUCUUGUGCUCUGUAUUAAAGGUUGACUUCAUACCAAACUUUGACAACUCACAGAGGGAGCCAUCUCUGCUGCUGGCUCGUGUUCCAUCUCUAUUGUUGAAUGGUUCUUCUGGGAUUGCGGUCGGAAUGGCAACAAACAUUCCUCCUCACAAUCUAGGGGAGCUUGUUGAUGUACUUUCUGUUAUAAUUCAAAAACCUGAAGCCACAAACCACCCAGCGGCUGAGGUUGCUGCUCUGCCGCCGCCGGCCACCACCGACACCGAGGAUCGCGCAGCAGCCGCCACACCAGCCGACAACGAUCCCUCCAUCACAGUACCGUAGGAAGAUUGAAAAAUAGCAGACUAAAGUAGAGAAAUGGUUUGAGAUAUGUGGCAUAACGAUGCCUAACAUCAAACAGGGGAUGUUCUAAUACAUAUUUUUGCUUACUAUGAGAAGAAGGUAUGAACCAAUGGAUUCUUUUCUUUAUUCACACAUUGCAAUGGCCAUUCUUAAUGUUGCAAGGAAACCAUGUUCAUCGGCAAGUUGCUUGGAUUGGAUAUACUGAUUCUCGUGUGAACCAAUGCAUUUAGGUCUUCUCAUUAUUUACAAAAGAUUGUGCUGAUAUAGAAUUAUCUACUACUAUUCCAGGUUUCAAUAUAUUUACAAACUAAUUGAUUAGUCCUUCAGAGGCUUCCAGGUUCAGCCGUGGUCAUCACGAGUACAAGCUGAUAAGAGCAACAACCAUAUGGAGCAUUGCAGAUUUGGAGAGGAAGGUUGUUUGUUCUUCCUGCCAUUCCAAGAAGAUCCGAAGAGGAAGACUGAGGUGCUCGAGAAGGAAAUAUUUCUACUUUGGGGCCAUGUAAAUCACAGAAUCAAGUUAGCAUAAAUUAUUGGGAGCUCAUGGUUUUUUUUUGGACUAAUUUCAGGUUUCCACACUGAUACAACAUGAUUGACUAAUUUCAGCAGAAGGCACUGCAAGAUCCCAGAACAAGACGCUCGAGAAACGGGAUCGGCGGCAGCAAGGACACGAGGGCCGGAGGGGAGGAGCAACCAGAUGGAGGUGCGUGGUCAAGCAAUCCCCUUUAGUUCAUGACCGCAGGCUAGGCGUCCGAACAAACAAACUGAGCUGUAAAGGUGUAGAGGGUAGCCUAGACAAUCCUGUAAUUGUGUUUGAUGGGAUGGCUUGUCCAAAGUUAAACGAAAGAAUCAAUAUUGUUGUCUCUUCGUAAUCGCAUUGAAUCGUCUCUUUGGGCUGUUGUAAUACUUCAUUCGGAAGGGUAUUCUUCACCAGCAGGUUGCUCA